AUGCCGGCAUUGACUACCGUUGUCGCCAUUGCGGUCUCCUGCGGCGUCGUUUUCAUCGUUACGACGGUCGUAGGUACCAUCGUCUGGGUAAGGAUUCGCCAGGAACGCCUGUCUCUCGCUGUGGCCAACUCCCGGGACGGGCCCUACGUCCACGGCCUGCAAACCUUCCCUACCGAGACUUUGACGGAGUUGUCGCGCGAAGAAGGCUCUGCCUUGAGACAAUACGGCCAAUUGCCAUACGGAAGGCCCAAUGAAUGGGGUCUAUUGGCGUCGAGGGAAAGUCUGGUCCAGUCGACAGCCGACUCCGAAGCUUCACCUAACUUCAUGGAGAAGGCGCGCGGGCUUCGGCGAUCUCUCUCGCAGUCCCUGUCGCGAUCUCAGUCUGCCCGAAGAUCCAGGAGCUUCGUACGACCUCGGAGACUGAGUUCACUCGCGCCGCUGAAGGAAACAACGGAAAGAGCAUCGCCCCCUCCGCAUUCAGCCGGCGCACAAGAUGACGAUAUGCCGACCUCGGCGGUUGAUGGAGCGUUCGAGUUGCCGACAGAGAGGACUCCUCGACAUACACCGGAACGAGACGAUGAAAUGUCCCCUAGCAUGGACUCAAGCACACGCCAUAUGUCCGGUCAAUGGAUCGGGGCGCAUCAGAGAGAACGCUCGGGCAGCCUUUUCCCGGUGAUAGAAGAUAACCUGCUAGGAUUUGAGCAAGGGCGGGCACGAGGAGGAAGCAUUACCGCUCAGUCGGCCGGACUGAUGCCAGAGCAGCCAGUCCCUCCGCCUCCCAGUGCAUAUCCUCCGAAUCGAUUUCGUCUCUCGAAGAACGACUCGAUCGGUCUCUCCUCGCUGAGUCUCGAAACAGCUGACAGCUCGAUUCUAGACGAUGGCCGCAGAGGCUCAGUGGGAAUCGAUGGUGAUUUUGUCUCACCUGCUCUACCCCCCUGUCCCACGUUUGCACCCUAUAGUGCCAAUGAUGUCGGACGCAUGGAAUAUGACCGACGAAGCUUCCUCCCGCCCAGUUCGAUCGUGCCAGCACCUUUCAUAUUUCCUCCCAAUUCCCCGGCGAGGGAGGUCCAGAGGAUAGAGCCAGAUCGGCACUCUCCUCGCCGCAGUCUGACUGCACGAAGCCCAAGCUGUUCCUCGGGCCAAGUUGGCCCAGCGCCGCGGAGGAGCGAGUCCUUGUCCACGACCACCACCAGUCAAUCCAGAAGAGAAUCCAUGUAUGCAGACCUGGAUCAGAUCCCUCCCCUGAACCCCGCGCCUCGGAACUCAGCCCUGCUUCCUCAUUUCAGUCAGAUGCAACGGCAUUCCGUCUAUGGCAAUCCUCAGCGAGAACACGAUCCAUUCAUCGCCAGCGCCCACAGUGUCAGCGGAUUCAUUGGCAGUGCGAAUGCACCAAGCCGACGACCCAAUAGUUUCUCUAUCCAAGAGGCCCACCUGCAGACCUCGGCCACUCACCCCAGACCACCUUUGCCAUCCGCAAUGAAAGGGGGCAGUGGGCCACGAAAGGGUCAUCGGCGGCAAAACUGUGUCCGCAUAUCAAUCCAUCCUCCCAUCACAUUUGGAGCACCCGCAUUCUCGCCCAUGGUGGAAGAGCCCGAAGAACUAGACAACGGCGAUAGGCGUCGGUCCGAGGUUUCGGAUCUCUCAACAUCUAACAUGUCGUUAUUGAAUUCCAGCGUUUCCUCCCUCUCGAUGAACCGGAGCAGUUACCACGAACUCGCAAAUGACCGACCUAGGACGAUAGAGGCCCCCGAGAGUCGACCUAUCUCCUCGUACAGGAGCCCGAGCAAGAAAAGGAAGCAUUCGCGCCACGACUCUGGGGACAGCGUGGUAAGCGCCUCGGACAACGACAAGACGCUUCCCGAGCUCGUCACUUCUUUGCCUACGACCACCGAAAGCAGUAUGUCACGCACCCCGUCACCCGACAAACACGCUCCGCUCUGGACCGUGCCAAAUCAUAUCGCAUCGCCUACAAUCUAUGAAAGCUCACCCAGUCCCGGUAGCCCUCGGCGGUCAGCGGUCAAGGGACCGCGCAGUCUGUCUGCGAAGCCAGGUCGCAAUAGUUUCCGCGCCUUGCCGUUGGAUGAGAAUGCCUCCAGUGGUACGGAGGACCCAGUGCCCCGUACCAAGAGUAUGCGAAGGGAGACAAUCACCAAGUCGGCCGACUCGUUGCAACGUGCAAAGAGUUCAAGUGCUGUGGACUCGCCGUUGUUCACGGCAGGUCGAAUCGCGGUGGACAUGGAUCGACGGAAUAAUCGAUCGUCGACGACAGCACAACAAUUCUCUUCUGGUGCCAAUCAAACACCCUGGCCGCACGUGGGCCGUAUUGUCCCCAUCUGGGAAGAUCGAGCCAUAGAACAACGGCAAUCGACUCAAAAGCCCUCGGUUUCCCUAGUCAAUGAACCUGCAGAACUACAAGGUGAAGUACCGCCGACACCCAAACGAGACCCUUCGAGGGGGCGACAGAUGUCACGACCGGCAUUCACAACCCCGAUAAAGAAGACAGUCGGGUUAGGGAUUGGCGCUGCGACACCAGGAAGUCUGUAUGAUGGAGAUGGCUUUUUAAAAGAAGGGUGA